ACGGUGAUGUGGAUUGUAGACAGUCGGAAAAGAGACGACGGUUCAAAGGAUAAGGCAUCCUGCGUGUCACGCAGGCUUCAUGAAUGCUCGUCAUCUUCCUAGCCUCCUCCCAAGUAGGCGUUUCCGGUUCGUGCCUUUUCCCUCUAACGCACCGAACUGCUCACCACUCGACGCAUCACCAUGUCGCUUGCCAAUCUCGGGACUGCUUGCGGCGCUUUAUCACGCCCACUAAUACUUUUUGACAGUUAGCAAAGGCCGGCACGAAUUGAAGCUGUGGAUACACAGAGUCGAAGAUAUGAUCCACAUGGCUGGUUCUGGGACCACAAGUGAUUGUUUAUUUCUUCUUGAGCGUCCACUUUCAAAAUUCAAGUUAACAAAAUACGCUAAUCUAAGCUACAAGGAAUCAUAAUCUAGGCGUGGCUCUGACAUGUGGGCACCUUGGCGGUGCCGAGGAGUUGGAGAUUGGAGAUUGGAGAUUACUCUUGAUUCUUGUUAUAGACCGCAAAGAUUGGUUUGAACCAGCUUUAUAAUGAGGAAGGGAGAUAUUGCAAAUUGAGGCAUUUGAAAGUAUUAGAGAGUGGACGAAAGACGAUGGUGGCAGUUAACGUAGGAGCUGCGCAUUACUGGCUGGAUCAUCUGUAUGGAGCCAUCAUGCACCGGAUGCGGCUGGCCCCGCCAUUCUUCUCAGGUGGAUGGGGCGGUCGAAAGUUGGAGCUUCUAGAGCAAAUGUCAAGGCAGCUGAUAGCACAGGGACUGGCACAAGUUUCCUUGCAGCAUUGGCCACCUCCUGCAAUCAAUCCAGUGUGGCGAACAGUGUGGGAGUCUAGGAAAGCAAAGCUACAGGAAGGCAUUUUCACCACGCCUUGUGAAGAUAUGCUAAAACAGGUGUUGCCAAUCGAGAGCCAAACUGCCCGUGUGCGACUGCUUAGCCCUCGCCAUGUUCCCAUCCACGAAACAUCCUUUGUGGUACAUUUGGCUGGCACAGGUGAUCACGGGUUUGAUCGACGUUUGCGAUUAGGUGGUCCGUUGCUGGAGAAGAAUAUUGCUACUUUGGUAUUGGAAAGUCCUUACUAUGGGAAACGGCGGCCGCCUUUGCAACGAGGAGCGAGGCUGUUGUGUGUGAGUGACUUGCUGUUGCUGGGAAGAACUACUAUUGAAGAAGCACGUGCUCUUUUGUAUUGGGCGGAGACAGAAGAAGGAUACAAGAAGGUCGGGGUUUGCGGGCUUAGCAUGGGAGGCGUACAUGCUGCUAUGGUGGGAUCACUGCAUAGAUCACCUGUAGCGAUCUUGCCCUUCUUAACCCCCCAUUCUGCAGCUGUAGCUUUUUGCGAGGGUAUACUGCAGUAUGGCACUGCCUGGGAAGUCCUGAUGCGUGAUGAACUGCUCAGUGGCUCUAUGACACGAGAGCAAGUAGUUGAGCGAAUGCGGACUGUUUUAUCUCUUACCGACGUGACACAGUUUCCUGCUCCACAAAAUCCCAAGUCUGUUAUCUUUGUGGCUGCUACGGAUGAUGGAUAUGUGCCGGACCACUCGGUGCUGAAAUUACAGCAGGCUUGGCCAGGGUCAGAAGUUAGGUGGGUAAGAGGUGGCCAUGUCUCCUCCUUCAUUUUCCACAAUAAGACAUUCCAAAAGGCCAUAUUAGAUGGUUUAGAUCGGUUGCCUUGAUUGUUUUUGCUAUGUAGGUGUACUUUAGUCAUUUACAGUCGCAGAUUUGUUCUGGUUUAGGCCGCUCUACAUUAUUCAUUCAGGUUGGUCUAAUAUCUAUAAUGAGGAUUUGAGGCUAUAGUAGAAAAGCGCAUCCUCAUUACAGAAGGUAUUGAAAGGUGGAUGACCAGGUAUCUAUUCUUUCUAUUUUGAACAUUUUUCUCUCACUGAGAUGAGCUUUUGAAUCAGGAGUCCAUCUUUAUGGCCAUCUUCGUCUUCC